GUUCUCACAGCGAUUUUGUUUAGGUUUAUCAUUAUCAUUCAUUGUUAAUUUGAGUGUCAUCUGUAUAGUACAACACAGCCAUCAGCCUUGACAUGUUUUGAUAACCCUUCCGGUACGAAAGCUCACUAUUGACAAUUGAUCGCUGUGCGAGAUGGAUGGCACAUUGAUAGUUAAACAUGGCAAAACUUUCGAAGAUAUCUUGGAUAUCGUGGGCAAUUUCGGCCGCGCCCAGGCCAUUAUUCUGUUCUUCGCGAUUGCGUUGGAGGCUACCGCUGGCCUGGUCGUCUACUAUUUCAUGUUCGAGGGGGGAAACCCUGGAUUCCAAUGCUCCAACAUUGGAUCUUCCGACUUUUUUACUACGGCGCCAAUGACAGUUGAAUUUGAUGCUGCAACGACGGUGGUGCUUCCUAAUGAUACUUAUGCGGUCCUUCCCUCGUCAUCCUUGCCCCUCCUGGCCAAUGAGACACUGAACAAGUGCCCGAAGCAGGGGGUCUGUGAGAAUAUUACCUUCUCGGAUGCAUACACAUCAGCUGUAACAGAGUGGGGUCUGGUGUGCACAGAGCGUUAUGUGCCGCGGCUCAUCAUCAGUUUGAUGUUUGUGGGGCUCCUUAUAGGGGCGCUGGUCGGCGGUCAGCUGGCGGACAUGUACGGGAGGAAGUGGACUCUCAUAGCCUCCUGGAUUCUCCUGAUGGCCACCCACUCCUUUGGCGCUUUGGCUCACACCUGGCCCCUCUACGCUGUGAUCAGGACUUUCGCGGGAAUAUUCUGCGGUUCCAUCGCGACCGUUGCCGGUAUCCUUCCAAUGGAAUUCGUUGGUCCAAAAUGGCGGCCAUUCAUCACGUGCCGUUUCGGAUGGCGAAUAGGAAACCUCAUCCUUGUGCUUUUAGCCUACUUCAUCCCUGCGUGGCGACACCUGGUGGUAGCUAGUGGACUUAUCAUGUUUCCUGUUAUGGUGCUAGCAAUUUUUUUCAUGCCUGAAAGUUCUCGGUGGCUCAUACAGAAGCAGAGGUACGAAGACGCAAUGAAGGUGCUAACCUCCAUUGCCCGACUUAACAGGAAGGAAAAGCCAGAUAUGACCCUACUUCAUAAAGUGGGCGAAAGGUGCAAGGCCGAGGCUGAAUACCGGUACACGUUCUUUGAUCUGUUCAGAACCAAGAAGUAUGCAGCGCAGACUCUAACUGUAAUGACUGGCUGGUUCGUCAGCAACACCACUACGUACGCGAUACAAUCGCAGAUUUCCUCAGACCUGGUGGGUAAUAUCUACCUCAAUGUGUUGAUAGCUUGCCUGCUGAACACUGUCACAGUGGCGGUAGCAGCAUUUGUAUUUACAAGAAUCGGCCGCCGAAUUUCCUACCCAGUGACCAUGGUCUACCCGGUGCUGGCCAUGUUCACUAUCCUUGUCAUGGACUUGACAGGGUACAUGGUAGGCCGAGAGAUGGUGAGGACUCUCCUAGCACUCACUAGCUAUGGGGUUAUAGCUACCUCGUGGCAGGUUGAUCUGCUCUACUGCUCGGAGGCAUAUCCAACUCUCGUCAGAAACAUCGCGACUGGUGCCGGUAAUAUGGCAGCUAGAUUAGGCGGUAUACUGGCCCCACAGAUAGGCCUUCUGGGUGUCUUCCAUCCUUCUAUUCCCUAUGCAAUCAUCGGUUUCCUUGCGAUUCUGGCCUCUGUCUUGAUGUAUGUGGUCAUGCCAGAAACCAAGGGAAAGCCACUACCAGAGGACCUGCCACCAAGAAGGAAGAAAUCAAACAAAAAGACAUACAUGGACUGUAACUUUAAUGGGGAAGAGAAACAAACGGACGAGACUGCUUUGAAUAUGUUGUAACAAGAUUAGGCUACCCCUAUCAGUUAGUAUGUUAGUAUACACAGUAUGUCCAGGUUUCAAAAGCUGGGCCUUUGUUUUGUGCAAACUCAUAACAGGUGCAUGGUCAUCAGACAACAACAACAAUUAAGUUACUGAAGUGUAUGGCUGGCGCGAGUGGACUGAAUUCAAAAUAAUGCCACGGCAUGAAUUGGAAUUGUGGUGCACCAUAAAUCGACGAAUGAAAACCUCAGAUCUCGUGAAUUAUGCCGCCAUUGGAUGCCGCCAUUAAUCGCAAUUGGAAUUGAUGAGGAUGAAAAAUAUGCUUUAUGAAGGAAUCAUCUCAAUGUAAUGUAGAGUAAAGUCAACAGAAACGAUUUAUUUUCGUUUUGGGGAGGAUUUAGUUUUUUUGUCAAAAUUACGGCGUGUUAGCCUUUUGGCUUCAUUGUUAUUUAUACAGUUCAAUGUCUCCAUGAUGCAGAGGAGCUGGCGUUGGGCUGGCACGGACUAUAUUUAAGUCUGUCAUGGCUGGCUGAUUUACUAUACAGAUGACACUCACAUAAAAAAAAAUGAAAUAAAUAAAUACCUGGACUAAUAGACAGGAAAAUUGAUCGGCUACAACCAUAACCACUGACAGAAAUAUAGUGGUUAGUUCACAAGUGAUCAGUUCAAUCCCAAUGCCAACCACUGGCAAUCAACUCAAGGAUUGACCAUAGGCACCCCAUUUCGGCUAUAACUUGAAACCUUAUGAAGUAAAUGCCAAUUUCAAUGGUGGGAGUCUGGUAAACUAAGAACUGACUCACACCCUUGACAUUGGCGUUUACUUUAUUUUGAAGGCGUUCUAAUUGCUUUAAGAUUUCAAGUUAUAGCCAAAAUGGUGGUACGUAUGGUCAACCCUUAAAACAAACUAAACUGUAAGGACCGCCAGUUUUGACGAAAUCAGUAUAAAGGCACCUUGGCCUGUUCAAUGCAUACAUGUAGUAUACCGGGGGCGGUCAUGCUUUAAAUUGAUGAACCGGUCUGAGAUUGGUGAGUCUAGAGUAUCGGCAAACAGUUAGUGAACUUCGAUUUCGAAGAGAAUAUCGAUCUCCUACGUAUCUCCGCCGAAUGCUGGUUUGUGAUCUAAAUAAGUAACAGUGAACAACACCGAUUGGCCGAGGGUAUCGGCCUACAUUGUAUCGUAUGCUGUAUUUACUGUACACUAGUAUUCACUGUUCCCAAAUGUUAAUGUUAGAUUUCUUCUGUACUUGUAAAUAUUAAGAUACGUAGGAGAUCGAUAUUCUCUUCGAAAUCGAAGUUCACUAACUGUUUGCCGAGGAUGGUUUCGGCCAAGACUUCGUUAUCGAGGUUCCAGAGGUGAGUGCUCAGGGGCACAGAGCACUCAUCCACCACCCGCUCCCAAAACUGUUCGCGGUUCGCACUAAAUCCGCUGCACUCACCAAAGAAAUGGACGUGCGGGUCAUUGAAAGACUUUAGACAUCGUGAGCACUCAGUACUUAUUGCUGUUGCUGAUAUCUAGAGCGUAACGUAGGCCUAUUUACGCAAUUAGAAAUUUUCUUAUAUUCAAUUAAAAAUUUUAAACUUUUAACAAGUGGCGGAGGCCUUUAAUAAGAAUGCAGGUGUAAAAGGAAUGGACGUCCUAGGAAUGCAGGACCCCAUAUAAUAGCUAUGUAUUGUCAACGAAUGUGGUUAUUGGUUGGGUUAGGGUUAGCUACAUAAUCUUCAACAAAGGAACUCGGCAAUUCUAUUCACUUUUAACAAAAGGAACAGACUUAGAUUCCGCGGGGACUUGCAUUUCUUUUACACCGGGCCAACAUGUAGCG